CAGUGAAAAUUACACCAUAAUGGAGCAAAGUGAAAUUCAAUAUGCUUACUGGGUUCAUCAGCAACUAACAGUAUCCACUACAGCAGUUUGGAGUAAAAACAAUACACAUUCCUAUGCCAUUGUAUCCGAUCGUUUACUUCAUGAUAAAUAUGCCGUCAUUAUCAAAGAAUUAUUAAAUCGUUAUCAUAAUAUUUGUAAAUUACACUUUUUCACUGAUGGGCCUUCACACAAUUCAAAAACUCUUAUGUCACGACAGCCAUGAAUAAUUUGUACAAAUUAUCAUCUGAUCUUCUUGAGAUUCGUUGGUCAUUUUUUGCAACAUCACACGGAAUGGGGGCAGUUGAUGGGAUAGGUGGAGAAAUAAAAAGAAUGGUUUGGACAACAGUAAAAUCUGGAAAACGAUAUUGUUGCAGUUUAGAAGAUUUUGUGAGCAUUGCAAGUGAAAAAAAUACCAAAAUUAAUAUCAUCUCUAUUACAAAUGAGUGUAUUACCGCAAAACAAAGUGAGAUCGAUGAAACGCUUCUCAAAGAUAAGUUUAAAGUCAAAGGUAUUCGUCGCCACCACUCUUUUCUUUUUAAUAUUGAUGGCGCUUACAUGGCAAUUUGUAACCGAUCAGAAAUGGUAAAAAUUGUUAAUAAUUCAUCAUCUUCAUUAUUGAUAAACGCAUUAUCAUCCCCGUCUGAAAAGUACAAAUUUGAUACUAUUUCUCCAGGUAUAUUUGUCUUUGUAGAAUUGCGUUAUGCCUAGAUGACCUCUCUUGGCAUGACUUGUGUGAGUUAAAACCAUUAGUACCACAACCACACUUUGAUAACCGUGGACAUAUUAUUGUCGAGCCGAAGUGUUACCACUAAACAUACUGUUAAAAAUUUGAUAUUGUAUCUUUCUUAACUUUAAUAUAUUAUUAACUAUAUAAUACAUUAUUUAUCUUUA